AGUUGCUGGGCUACAGUUGGUCUACGCUGAGAGAUUCUAAACCGCAGAGUUUGGUGGCUGGGAUGUUGUGGCGGGACCCGGCCAGCUUAUCUACAGUACUGGUGUUGGGCUCAGGAUGCAGCGAAACGCGGAGGGGGCGGCGAGAUGGCUCUGAAGCCCGUAGGGUCCGCGAUGAAGAAGAUUUUUGGCUUUCGGAGUAAAAAGGGCGAGUCCCCCCGGGCCUCCUCCGGCCGGAGGAGGGACAGCGCGGGCUUCGGUCGUGAGAGUAGCGAUGGAGUCAACUCACGGCCCGGGUACCACAUCCGAGACGAAGAUCUCGGAAAGAUCCACAAAGCUGCCAGCGUGGGCAACGUAGCGAAAGUGCAGCAGAUUCUGUUGCUUGGCAAAAGUGGCUUGAAUGACAGAGACAAGCUGAACAGGACUGCUCUGCAUUUGGCCUGUGCCAAUGGCCAUCCAGAAGUGGUAACUCUCCUAGUAGAGAGAAAAUGCCAGCUUAACCUCUGUGACAGCGAAAACAGAACAGCUCUGAUGAAGGCUAUACAAUGCCAGCAAGAGGAAUGUGCAACUAUUCUGCUAGAACAUGGUGCCGAUCCAGAUGUUACAGACGUCGGUGGCAAUACUGCCCUCCACUAUGCUGCUCGUGGUGAGAAUCUGUCAAUAGCAGCAAAGCUGCUUUCACACAACGCAAAUAUCGAAGCAAGAAACAAGGAUGACCUCACACCACUUUUACUUGCAGUAAGUGAAAAUAAACAGCAAAUGGUGGAAUUUUUAGUAAAGCAAGAAGCAAAUAUACAUGCAGUCGAUAAGAUGAAAAGAACAGCCCUCAUGCUUGCUGUAAAUUAUGAAUCAACAAAUAUAGUCAGGCUUCUUCUUCAGCAAGGUAUUGAUGUCUUUUCUCAAGAUAUCUAUGGAUGGACUGCAGAAGAAUAUGCUCUUGUUAGUGGUUUUGCUAUCAAUCGCCAACUAAUUUCUGAACAUAAAGAAGAAAAGAGACCUAAAACUUGUUCACAAAAUAGCAAUCCAGUGGAUGAGAGUUCUGAAGAAUACUCUUUAAGCAGGCUUUCCGACAAAGCUGGCAUUGAUGAUUCAUGGCCUACAUCGGAUGAUGAAGACUUAGACUUUGAUACCAAGAAUGUCCCAAAACCAAGCUUAACAAAGCUAAUGACUGCUUUUCAGCAAUCCAAGAAAAACAUAGAAGCAAAACGUGGUACUGUGAGACCGGAAAAUACAAUGCUAUUUGAGGACGAUAAUUCUGAUAGUGAAAAUGAAGAUGUGGUUGAAACUCUUCCCAAACCAUCAAUCAAAGUCCAGGGCUUUUCUCCUCCUGCCUUUCCGUCACCUGAACCUCUUCUAAAACCUACUGUGAGGUCUUUUGCAGACCUUGAUCUUACAAAGGAAGAAACAACAAAGUCAGCAACUGGGAAAAAAGAAAAUGGUAUUGAUAUUAUUCAAAGUACUCCACAAGAGCAAACAAAUAAUGACAAUUUGAUUUCUGUUGAGGGAGCACACAAAGAUAAUAGAAGUGAUCUGAUGUCAGCAUUAGGAUUAGGAGAAGAGGACGGUGUAGAAUCACCUUGGGAUUCUGAGAGUAUUUCUGAGAGUCUUCCACAGAAGUAUGUUGAUCAUUUAUCUGGAGCUGCAGACCAAAAAGGAAAAAAUAUGUUAAAUGAACAAGUAGAAGAUGUGUUUUAUGUACCUUCUUGCAUGAGUGGAUCAAGAAACUUUAAGAUGGCUAAACUAGAGGAUAAAAGAAAUGUAGGCAUACCAGUAGCUCACGUGGAUUCUCCUGAAAAAUGUCCUCACUUGAAGCCUACCAUUGAUGUGCAAGAUUCUGUUCCCAAGAAAGCAGGAGGAAGGAAGGAUGCACGAACAUCCAGAUCAGAUUGGGAUUCUACUAGUCUGACCCUCAAUAACCAGACUUGUCAGAGAUCCGGGAAUUUGAAAGUUGGUGAUAAAUGUCCAUUUGUAUCACAGUCAAUGACCAAAAAUCAGACAGCAUCCACAGAAUUUGGACAGAUGGCAUUAGUAGGUAAAGAAGAGAUGAAUAUUGGAGCUGUGUUUCUAGUAGGGAAUUAUACACUCCAUGACCUGUGUGAAUCACAGCUGCCAGAAAACAGAGAGAGAAAAGAAGCUUUGUCAGCAGAAGUAGACUUGGAAAUCACAUCAGAGGAAGAGCAAGAAAGGCUUGACGGAAGUGAAAAUAACCACCUGCAGGAUAAAGCUAUUUUACAAACAUACACCCUAACAGAAAAGACAUCUGAAAAUCAAAGCAAGCAAAUUAAUCUUCCACUUUUGCGUCUGCCAAAAAUGCCUCAAGAACCAGUAAUGAAUAAGGAAUGUGAUAGAGAGGAUAUACCUGUAUAUUCAGCACUUCCUUGUGUGCAAAAGUAUAAGGAAAUGUGGAUCACACAAGGCAAAUUAGAGUGGAAAAAUAAUUUAAAACUCGUCACAAAUGAGUUAAAGCAGAAAUUUGGUGAAAUUUGUGAAAAAUACAAAAUUACUGCUUAUCCUGAGGAAGAGCCAUUACAUGAUAACUCGAAAGAAGGAGCAAACUUAAAGGAAAUCUCUUCUAAUUUGACAAAUUAUACACUUGAUUGUGAGGAAAAAGAUGCACUUGGAGUGUCUGUCUCUGUACUAUUCCAGGCGUUUCCUGGACAAAAAGAACCCAGUCUCAAAAAUGUCUUUCCAUCUCGUUCAGACUCUGGGUCCCCGGAAUACGCUUGCCAGUCAUCUUCAAAGCUUUAUUUAAAUGAAAAUAAAUUAGACUGUGAAAAUGAUAAAUCAGACACUGAACAUGUUUUUAACAAAAAUGAGGAGAGUUUUUAUAAUGAUCCAGAAAAUAAAAAAGUAAGGAACCCAGUAGUUACAUUUGAAGUGAAAGAAGACCAAGAGUUUGAUGUGCAAAUGACAAAAAAUGUGACCCAAAAUACCACUAAUUGGAAUUUAGACAUCGGACAUACACCUCAGUCUAGUAAUCCACAAAGCCUUCUUGAUUUGUGGCUUGCCCGUUCCACUGGGAUGAAACACAUGAUUCAAAUAAAAAGGCACAAUGUUUCUUCUCUUACAAAUACUGAUAAGAAAAUAAAACCAACCAAAGAAUUGUUCCAGAAGCCAUUAUAUGCAGAUCAUUGCAGUGCUAAUAACUAUAACAGCGUGGAACCCAAAUUAGAAAAUGUGAGCUCUCCACCAUAUAGGGACAGAACAUCCAGAGUAUGUCUAAAUGAAGAAUUACAGCAAGAUAUGCAAAGGUUUAAGAAUGAGAUAGGCAUGUUACAAGUAGAAUUCCUGGCUUUGGAAAAAGAGAAAGUGCAACUUCACAAAGAGGUUGAAGAAGAAAAGAAGAAGCACAAAAGCAGUGAAAUGGAAAUAUCAGAAAACAUAGAUGCUGCUGCUGCUGCUGCUGAGAAUGGAUUAAUUCAACAAACGAGUGGAAGAGCUGAUAAGCAGCACUUUCCUGUUAUGGAGAAUGAGGAUUCUGUCAGUAGUGCUCCUGGCUUGCAUAUGAAGGAAGUAAAGAAAACUAAGGAUGAAAAAUGGACACCAAAAGAAUCUGUGAUUACCCCAAUGUUUGAGAAGGCCGACUCGCUACCUGGAGGUCUACUACAAGUGAAUGAUGACAGCAGUUUAAGUGAAACAGAUCAGGAUGAUGGGAGGCCUGCGAAGAAAACAUCUAAUGAAAAGAACAAGGUCAAAAAGCAAAUUAAUUCUCUGGAUGACCUUGCUGACUUAACUCAGUCAUCUGAAACAGCCUCAGAGGAUUGUGAGUUGCCGUACUCCAAUUAUAUGAAUUCCAUGUUGCUGAUUGAACAACUUGGCGUGGAUUGUAAAGAUUCUGUUAGCCUAUUGAAAAUCCAGAAUGCAGUUCUUUCAUAUGAAAGAUUAAUAGAACUUAAAAAAAAUCACUGUGAAUUACUUACAGGAAAAAUUAAAAAAAUGGAAAAUAAGGUUAGUGGACUACAAAAGGAGCUAUCAGAAACGAAAGAAAUGAAGUCACAGUUAGAGCAUCAAAAAGUGGAGUGGGAACGAGAAGUCUGCAGUUUGAGAUUUACCUUAAAACAAGAAGAAGAGAAGAGAAGAACUGCUGAUAAGUUAUAUGAAAAAAUUAGGGAGCAAUUAAGAAGAAAAGAAGAGCAAUAUAGUCAAGAAGUUGAAAUGAAACAACAGCUUGAACUCACUCUUAGAACACUAGACAUGGAAUUGAGGACUGUGAGAAAUAAUCUGAAUCAGGUUGUGGAAGAGCGAAAUGACACUCAGAGGCAACUUUCUCGAGAACAGAAUGCCAGAAUAUUACAAGAUGGAAUUCUGACCAACCACCUUUGCAAACAAAAGGAGAUAGAAAUGGCUCAUAAGAAAUUGAACACUGAGGUUUCUGAUAGUCAUGACAAAGAAAAAGAUCUGUCACAUAAAAACCACAUGUUGCAGGAUGAAAUUGCCAUUCUAAGACUGGAAAUAGACACAAUAAAAAAUCAGAACAAGGAAAAGGAAAAGAAAUAUUUUGAGGACAUUGAAAGAGUAAAAGAAAAGAAUGAUGAUCUUCAAAAAACAAUAAAACUGAAUGAGGAAACAUUAGCGAAAACAAUAUUUCAAUAUAAUGGACAGCUUAAUGUUCUAACAGCUGAGAAUACAGUGCUAAACUCUAAACUGGAGAAUGAAAGACAAAACAAAGAAAGACUGGAAACAGAAGUUGAAUCAUACCGUUCAAGACUGGCUACUGCUGUCCACGAUCAUGAUCAAAGUCAGACAUCAAAAAGAGACCUAGAGAUUGCUUUCCAGAGAGCAAGAGAUGAGUGGUUUCGCUUACAGGACAAAAUGAAUUUUGAUAUAUCUAACCUGAAAGAUAGUAAUGAGAUUCUUUCUCAACAACUUUCUAAAGCUGAAAGUAAAGUCAAUAACCUAGAAAUUGAGCUCCAUCAAACAAGAGAUGUUCUCAGAGAGAAAACUUUGGUUUUAGAAGGUGUACAAAGAGACCUCAGCCAAACACAGUGUCAAAAGAAGGAAAUUGAACAAAUGUAUCAGAGUGAACAAGGUAGAGUGAAUAAAUACAUCGGGAAGCAGGAAUCCUUAGAGGAGAGAUUGGCUCAACUACAGAGUGAAAAUAUGUUGCUUCGACAGCAACUGGAUGAUGCUCACAACAAAGCUGAUAGUAAAGAAAAGACAGUGAUUAAUAUCCAAGACCGGUUUCAGGAUAUUGUAACAAAACUUCAAGCCAAAAGUGAAAAACAAGGUCUUAUGCUGGAAGAAAGAAAUAAGGAGUUAAUGGAUGAAUGUAAUCAUUUAAAAGAAAGAAUGUAUCAGUAUGAAAAUGAGAAAGCAGAAAGAGAAGUAGUUGUGAGACAACUUCAACAAGAACUGGCUGACACCCUGAAAAAGCAGUCUAUGUCGGAGGCUUCUCUGGAGGUUACGUCACGAUAUCGUAUUAGUUUAGAAGAUGAGACACAGGAUUUAAAAAAGAAAUUAGGUCAAAUAAGAAGUCAAUUGCAAGAAGCACAGGAUCGACAUAUAGAGGCUGUAAGAUGCGCUGAGAAGACACAAGAUCACGUGCAAAAGCUUGAAAUUGAAAAUGCCAAGUUAAAAGUUACAGUCAAAAAGCAAAUGGGCAAAAUUGAACAGCUUCAGAAAAACCUGUUAGGUACAAGUACGUCUGAGGAUGAAAAGGAACAAUUAAAGAAAUUUAUGGAGUUAAAACAAUCUCUGGAAUAUAGUUUGGAUCAAGAAAUGAAGAAAAAUAGUGAAUUAGAAAAAGAGAUUACUGGAGUUAAGAAACUCUUAAAAGUGACAAGAAGGAAGUUAAAUGACUAUGAAAAUGGAGAGCUUAGUUUCCAGGGAGAUUUAAAAACCAACCAAAUUGAAAUGGAUAUUCAGAUGAAUAUGCUAAAACAUAAGAUUGAUGACCUUACAGCAAAACUGGAAACUGCAUCUUCAAAAUGUGUACAUCUGGAUGCAGAAAAUCAAGUUCUCCAACAGAAGUUAUUAUCUAUGAAAGCGCUACAAAAGAAAUGUGAAAAACUAGACAAGAAUAAAAAGAAGUUGGAACAAGAAGUCGUAAACCUCAGAAGUCAUAUAGAAAUGAACAUGGUGGAACAUGGUCAAGUAGAACAGUAUAGACGGGAGAUUGAAGAAAGAGCAAGACAGGAUAUAGUAGAAAAAUUAAAAGAAGUCAAUUUAUUUUUACAGACACAAGCAGCAGCUCAAGAAAACUUAGAGCAGUUAAGAGAGAAUAAUAAUGCCUCAAUAAGAAGUCAGAUGGAACUCAGAAUUAGAGAUCUGGAAUCCGAACUCUCCAAAAUGAAAAUUUCUCAAGAAGAUUUUAAUAAAACAGAAUUGGAGAAAUAUAAGCAACUCUAUCUAGAAGAAUUAAAAGUUAGAAAAUCAUUGGAAAAUAAACUAAACAAGACUAAUGAGAGGCUGGCAGAGACCAGCACGGAACUUCUGCUGAAGAAAGAGCAGAACAGGUCUUUACUCAGUGCUCUGACUGCGAGGCCGGUCCUGGAGCCGCCUUGUGCUGGAAAUCAUAAUAGUAGUUUAGUGCUCAAUAGAAAUCUUACUCCAAGAGAAGAUUUAGUGAUUCCUACCUCACGGCCACGGCCCUCAAAUAACAGCAUGGAGACUUACUUGACCAAGAUGCAGGAGGAGUUGGAAAAAAAUAUAACUAGAGAACUAGAAGAAGCUGCUGCUGAAUUUGAAUCUGGACCCUGUAGAGCUUCUCCUCUGGGAUCUACUGAUGAGUCAAAUCUAAAUCAAGAUCUAGUUUUGAAAACGUCACAAGAAUAUGUACAGAUUUUGAAGAAAAAUUAUAUGAUCUGAAAAAUAAAUAUAAAAAUUUAUUUACUGGGCUGUUUAUAUAAAAUUUUAAUUGUUUCCCAUCAUACAUAUGACAUAUGAAAAUCUUAAAGUAAAAUAUUUUUAUAUCUUACGUGUAUGAUGAUUAUUUAUAUAGUAUUUUAAAUUGUUUCUUGGCAUCGAACUAACUUUUAAGCAGAUUUUGUGAAUGAAAACCAGCACUGAGUUUUACAUACUUAAACUGCCCACAUACCAGCUGUUUAAACAGCACCCAAACAACCAAGUUGUCAUUAACACUUUAAUGGUGUUAAUUGAUAGCUUAUUUGUAUUUUCCAAUUUUUAUCACUAUAUAUGGACCUAAAGAUUUAGACAAACAUCAUUUGAAAUGCUGCUGCUGUGGCUAUUGUCGUUGUCUGGAUGUGUCACAGUUGUUACAGUCCAUAAAAUUUUUUAUAUAUAAUUUUAAUUUUAAAUACUGAUUCAUAGAUCUUUCCUUGUGGAGAAAUAAAAUUUGCCUAAGGCUGUUUGCCUUUUCUAUUUAUUUAUUUUUGAUUUACUUUUUGGAAACAGUGUUAAAAUUAGAGAGAAGUUCCAAGUUUUAGUAAAGAACUUUUUUCUCCUGAACCACUUGAGAAUAAAUUGCUGACAUUAUGCCAUCA